CUCUACUAUAUCACAAAGUCUGCUCCAAUUUUUACCUCCAGAAACAGACCAACACAAUGUACCAAAUGCUCAUCGGUCGAUCAAGGCCGGCCGUGUCCAACAUCGGCCAGCGCAUGCAGUCAGCGGAUCCCUCCCAGCGUCGCAAACAUGUCGUGCGCUCGGAUACCUAUCGAUGGGAUAGCUUCGAACCCGGCCAUAUCCCGCUCAGUUCGCUGCGCGUGCAGGCAGCUGCCUGGGGCGUCGCAGGGGCCGGCAUCUACGCUACUCUGCAUGGCGUUUAUAUGAUGAUGCGGUCCUUUCGCCAGAUUCGCUAUCUUUAGGGUCUAUGAGAAUGAAUGUUCUCUUUAUUGCAUGGGAGUGGUUGUUUUGCAAAUUCUUUCAAAAGCGGUCUCUGAAUGAUUUUUAAUUCCAACUGUCACGUUUAUACUAUGUUCAGCGAGUUAGCCAACUGCAAUACUCUUUCC